GACGCAGCACCAUGGACGUCCAAGACCACGACCCCAUCGAGGAGGAGGAGGACUGCUUGCAGUACCGCCAGGAGACCGCAGACCAGGAGGACUGCGAUGGGUACCACCAGCGCAUCGAGGGGCAACAGGACAGCAUCGGCUACGGCCAGACCGCUCGCCCCUGGAAUGAUGACCAACACCAGCGGGAGCGGGAAGACUACGUGGCCAUGAGAGACGACCUGGAGUACUGGGCGGCCAUCUGGAUGGAUAACUUGGUGCAGCUCCCCACGGGCAACAGCAACUGGAUGCAGAUCUGUGUGCCGCUCCUGGAGACCAUCUUGGGAGGCGGAGGCAACAAUGGCAUGGUGAGACUGCUCAGGCGUAGGUACCAGCAGGCCGGCCUCAACCACAUCAUCAGGGUCCGCACCCACAGUGGCCACCAGACGCAGCAGCAGAUCAACACAAGACGGCAGCUUGCGCAGCAGCUCAACCAGCCUGACCCAGGCAGGCUGAACGAAGAGGGUGCAGCCAAGGACCAGCAGCAGGCCCUCCUCGCAGACCUGCACGCGAUCGCAGAGGGCGCCCUCGUGGACCCAGGGACAAUCAGCAGGGUAGCAGAGGAGGUAAAGAGCAUGGCCAAGCUACUCACAAAGGCGGUGAAGAAGGCGUGCAUCCACUGGGUGCACGACGCCACGGCAGGCAGUGCGAAGAUGGCCCACGCCUACACCAAGGCAGCGGAGCGCAGCCAUCUGGAGGAUAUCCUAGAGCACGAGGGCCAGGUCAUCAACCACCCGCAGCAGCUAGUGGACUUGCGCAAAGAAGCAUGGCAACGCAGGUGGACACGAGAUGCACAGAAGGCCGAGAGGAUCCAAGAGGCGCUGGCCAAGCUGAGGCAGGCUGCCUUGGCCCAAGAGAAUGCCCUCGAGCCCAUCAGCAAGGACAUCAUAGGCUCCAUCAUCCAGCACCUGAAGCGCAAUGCUGGCCAAGGAGCGGACUGGUGGAGGGCUCCAGAGCUCAAGGCCAUGGGCGCCCAGGGGCUGGAAGACUUCGUGCAGUGCCUGACCAGCUGUGAGCAACGGGCAGCGUGGCCGUGGCAAUUCUACUUGGUGCUGGAGCUGCUGCUGGGUAAGAAGCCAGGAAUCGGCGGAGAGCGCCCCAUCGGCCUCAUGCCCAUGCCGUACCGCAUCUGGAGCGCAGCCAGGAGGCCCAUAGUAGCCACCUGGAGCAAGGCAGCGGCGGGCUUCUGGGAUACGGCAGCAGCUGGCUCCUCAGCGCUACGAGUGGCAAUGCGCAGGCUGAUGAGGGCAGAAGCCGCCGCGGAGAUGGGCUUUCAUGCAGCAGGAGUGUUCUACGACGCGGCAAACUUCUACGACAACAUAGGCCUCGACCAGCUGAUCGAGAAGGCCAGCGCCCUCCAGUGCCCGUUGCUGCCGCUGGCAAUGGCCGUGCAGAUGUACCUUGCGCCCAGGGCCAUCAUGGCCCACAGCCUCUUCUCGGACAUCUUCGAGCCUGCCAACAGCAUGGUAGCUGGCUGUGGCCGAGCGGUAGACCUCACCAGACCGCUUUUGCAUGGCAUCUUGGACGCAGCGCACAGGCACCACAUCUUCGUCGUCAUGCAGCAGUACCUGGACGACUUGGCCCUGCAGGUAGAGGGUGCGGGGCGGCAGGUCAUUGACCAGAUCAAGCACGUGGCAGCGCUGGUGCACGAUGGAUCCAAGCAGCUCGCGAUACCCAUCUCUGUCAAGACGGCAGUGGUGGCCUCGGACAAGGACCUCCAGGCAGAAGUCGCCAGCAUCCUGGACAGCCUGGGCACCCCCAACAAGCAACCAGGUGUAGUGCGCGACCUCGGCGUGGACACCAGCCUUGGCAAGCAGCUGCGGCGACCCACCCAUGCCGCGCGCCAGGCCAAGGCCAAGCAGAGGGUGGCCAAGCUCAGGGACCUAGCGAAGACGGACGCCAGAGGCGCGGCAAAGGUCUAUUCAGCAGGAGCCUUCUGCCAGCAGGCUUGGGACUUACCAGCGCGCGGCAUCACGCCCACGGAGGCGAAGUUGGUCAGGGCUACGGAGGCAGCGCUCCUCACAGGCGGACACAAGGCUGGACGCUGCACGUCCACCAUCCUCCUGAUCCAGAGGGGUAUGCAAGAGGCAGUAACCCGAGCCAUCGGCGACCAGAUCAAGCAGUUCUGGCUCGCCGUGGUCGACCACCCGACGGAGCUCAAGAGGCACCGGAGAGGCUGGCUCCUGCUCUACGCCAAGCUGGGCGCCCUGGAACCCAACCGCAGGUGGCAGCAGGUCAAGGGGCCUAUGGCAGGGGUCAUCGCGCAGUUGCUUGGGUUAGGCUGGAUACCGCGACGCCUGGGCAGCUGGAUCAGCCCAACAGGUGACGAGUGGGCCUACAAGCCAGAUGACAUCCCUCACUUCGGCGCGCUCCUGCAUGAAGUCCAGCAGAGCGCGCAGCAGCAGCUCUGGCGGCAGGCAGCUGGCCAUCGCAGUGGAGAAGGACUUCAGGCUGGAGGCGACCUCUAUCAGCUGCAGCGCCACCUGAGGAGGAGGAGGAGACGUAAAGGACAGCAUGCAGAGGCAGCCAUGCUGGAGACCAUAGCGGCGGCGGGCAUCUGGACCAGGGAGCGUCGCAGGGCGACCAACCUCGACCAAGAAGGCGAUGACACCUGCGCGAGAUGCGGCGAGGCGAUAGAGACAGAGGAACACCGCUACUACGCAUGCCCUGCCAACGCAGAGAUAGGGCACAGCAAUGACACCGACCUGGCGAAGAAGGCGAAGGACGCGCUGGACCAGCGGCAGGACCUGCAUUUCUGGCUCCGAGGCAUCCCGCCAGCGGCCUGGGCAGCCAAGGCCGGCCCAGACGAGGACGCGGCGAAGGCGGCGCAGAUCUUCUGCACCAGCGAAGAGGCUCAGGCUGCAGCCCAGUCAGGGCACAAGGUUCGAGCAGACUAUGUCUUCACGGACGGCUCAGGUGGUGCAGGGGAGACGGCCAAGGACCCCCGCCUCAGACGCUGCGGCUGGGCAGUGGUGGCUUUCAGGUUCGACGAACAAGGACGUCCGCAGGAAGUGGCUGCCUGGUGCGGCGCAAUCAGGGCACCGCGCACGGUGCCACGGGCAGAGCUCACCGCCAUGAGCAAAGCCAUCGGGCACACCACGGCGGCGACAGCCAGGGGGCUCAACAUAGUCAGCGAUUGCAAAUACGCCCUGGACGCACUCAAGCAGAUCCAGGACCCUGAGGAUCUGGACUACAGGAGCACGAACUACGACCUCUGGCUCCAGACGAAGCAGCAGCUGCAGAACAGCACGGACACCAUCAUGGGCCACCACAUCCCGAGCCACCUGAUUGAGCACCCAGCCGAGCUGGAGAGGUGGAAUGGUCCCACCUGGUGGGUCAUAGGAAACGAGAUGGCAGACAAGUACGCAG